AUGAACUUCUUCAGGCAAGUCAGACUUCUACUCUGGAAGAACUGGAUCCUCCGGAAAAGACAAAAGCUUCGUUUUCUGGUGGAGCUUCUAUGGCCUCUGUCACUAUUUCUUGCCCUUGUCUGGUUGAGGAAAGCUAAUCCACCGUAUCGCCAACAUGAAUGUCACUUCCCAAACAAGGCAAUGCCAUCUGCAGGAACGCUGCCAUGGUUGCAUGGCAUCUUCUGUAACAUGAACAACCCCUGUUUUCGCAGCCCAACCCAUGGAGAGGGUCCAGGUGUUGUGUCCAACUACAACAACUCCAUCCUUGCAAGGGUAUAUAAAGAUGCUCAAGAGCUCUUACUGGAAAGCCCCGAGAUCCAUGACCUUGGAAGAAUCUGGGAAGAACUGAUCAUUAUGACUCAGUUUAUGGAAACAAUGAGAACUAAUCCUGAAAGAAUUGCAGGAAGAGGAAUACGAAUUCUUGACAUUUUGAAAGAUGGGGAGACCCUCACUUCUUUCUUGUUGGAAGAUGUCGGCCUCACAGAUAUGGUUGUUUUCCAGCUUAUUAAUGCUCAAGUGCGCCCCGAACAGUUUGCCUACGGUGUCCCUGACUUGACUUUGAAGGACAUUGCUUGCAGUCACAUGCUCCUGGACCGCUUUAUUAUCUUCAGCAGCCGAAGAGGUCUCCCUUCUGUGCACAAGGCCAUGUGUGCCUUGUCCCAGGAAAGCCUACAGAAGGUAGAAGAUGCCUUGUAUGCAAAUGUUGAUUUCUUUAAGCUAUUUCAGCUGCUUCCCACUGUAUUGGACAGAAACUCACCAGGUGCUGACCUGAGGGCCUGGGGGAGGGUGCUAUCCAAUGUCUCCCAAGCAGUGCAAAAGCUAGCCAGGAAGUCAAGCAUUCAAGACCUUUUGAUGGUUCUGCAACCAUUUACACAAGGCAGAAGGCCAGAAUCCUUAGCCCACUUGGUGAGCUCCCUGUCAGACCUUUUCUGUGGCUACCCAGAAGGAGGUGGAUCCAGAGUGCUUUCCUUCAACUGGUAUGAAGAUAAUAAUUACAAGGCUUUCCUGGGGAUUGACUCAACAAGGAAGAAAUCCAGUUAUCCUUACGAUAAUGCAACCACACCUUUUUGUAAUGCAUUGAUCCAGAACUUGGAAUCAAACCCUUUAACCAAAAUCGCUUGGAGUGCUGCGAAGCCCUUACUGAUGGGAAAAAUUCUGUUUACUCCUGAUUCACCUUCUGUACGUCGGAUCCUAAAAAAUGCAAACUCCACUUUUGAGGAACUUGAACGCCUCAGACUUUUGACCAAAUCUUGGGAAGAAGUGGGACCUCAGCUGUGGUACUUCUUUCAAAACAGCCUGCAAAUGAAUAUGAUCCGUGACUCUCUGAAGCACCCUACAGUGAGGAACUUGUUGAACAGCCAGCUGGGUGCUGAAGGCUUAACUGCUGAACACAUAAUCAACUUUCUCCACAAUGGGCCUCCAGGGAGCCGGGAGAAGGGAAUGGCAGACUUUGACUGGCGAAACAUCUUCCGUGUUGCAGACCAAGCUCUACGCUUGCUCAGCCAGUAUCUGGAGUGCUUGACCUUGGAUAAAUUUGAAGGUUGUCUUGAUGAAACUCAACUGACUCAUCAAGCUCUUCAUUUGCUGGAGGAAAACAAAUUCUGGGCUGGUAUCAUUUUCUCAAACAUAGAGCCUGGAACCAGCAAUCUUCCACCACAUGUGAAAUACAAGAUCCGGAUGGACAUAGAUGCAGUGGAGAAAACAAACAAAAUCAAAGACAGGUACUGGGAUCCUGGUCCACGAGCUGAUCCUGUGGAUGAUUUACGCUAUAUCUGGGGAGGAUUUGCAUAUCUUCAAGACAUGAUUGAGCAUGGAAUUAUAAAGACUCAAACCAACACUGAGGUGCCACUAGGAGUUUAUCUGCAGCAAAUGCCAUAUCCAUGUUUUGUGGAUGAUGUCUUCAUGAUCACUUUAAACCGCGCCUUUCCCAUCUUCAUGGUGCUGGCUUGGAUAUAUUCCGUUUCCAUGACUGUGAAGAGUAUAGUGCUGGAGAAGGAAAUGCGUCUGAAAGAGGCUAUGAAGAACAGGGGUAUAACUAAUGGGGUGAUUUGGUGCACUUGGUUCUUAGACAGCUUCACCAUGAUGGCUGUGAGCACGUUCCUCCUCACAGGGCUGAUUAUGUGUGGACGAGUACUACAUUAUAGCAAUCCACUUCUCUUCUUUUUCUUCUUGCUGACGUUCACCACAGCCACCAUAAUGCAAUGUUUCUUGUUCAGCACCUUCUUCUCCAAAGCAAAUCUGGCAGCUGCCUGCAGUGGAGUCAUCUACUUCACCUUGUACCUGCCGCACGUUGUCUGCUUUGUCUGGCAAGACCGCCUGACUGUUAAUCUGAAGAUCUUAGCGAGUUUGCUUUCUCAAGUAGCUUUUGGUUUUGGUACAGAAUACUUGUCACGCUAUGAAGAGCAAGGUCUUGGCCUACAAUGGGGUAACAUCAGAACCAGUCCCUUGGAAGGAGAUGAAUAUAGUUUUCUUUUUUCCAUUAAAAUGAUGCUUUUUGAUGCUUUUCUCUAUGGAAUACUUUCUUGGUAUCUUGAUAAUGUUUUUCCAG